GAAGUGGGAGGGUGAGUCUAAGAAGGGAAGUAGGGAGGGAAGGAAAACAAUUGUUGGUAUCGUCGCCGUUGUUGUUGUUGUUGUUGUCGCUGCCGUCCUCAAAGAAUGAUGAAAUAAAAGCGGUCUGCUUUUUCGGGGGAGAGAUAAAAGAAAGAAAGAAAAAAAAAAGAAAAGAAAUCCAAACGAACAAAUAUCUCUUCAUGAAUCCAUUUCAUCACAUUUCUUUACGUUGUCGCCUGAUUAACAUUGAUCAACAUGUGUUUAUUAAUUGGACCACCCGGAGUUGGUAAAACUUUACUCAUGAAGAGGAUGCAAAAUUGUACAAGUAAAGGUACUUUUGAAAACCUCCAUGAAAUUCCAGCAACUAUUCCAACAGUGGGUACAAAUAUGGUCAGUGUAUUAUUAAGCAAAAAAAUAGACAUUGUUAUACGAGAACUUGGAGGUUGCAUGGGACCAAUUUGGCACAGUUAUUUCAGAGACACAGAAUAUCUUAUGUAUAUGAUAGAUUUAAACAACAGACAGCAAAUCUCAGCUGCAUGUAUACAGUUGCUGACCAUUUUACAAGACAAACAACUGACCAAUACACCUGUCCUUCUUCUUCUGAACAAAAUAGACAUGGCUACUAUAAUGUCAAGACCAGAAUUUGAAAACUACCUUCGCUUGGAAGAAAUAAUUCAGUAUUCCACCCAAAAUAUUACAGUCCAUGAAAUAAGUGCCUGGAAUGGUAAAGGAUUGGAAGAGAUUCUUCGUUGGCUUCAGGCUAAUUACAAGCCCAGAUGAAACACGCCCCUUCUUAUUGCAUGUUCUUCUUUCUACAGUUUCAACUCUUGUAAUAUUUAUUUGUCCAUGAGUUCAUUGUUGCAUUUGUCCAACCCUGCUAAAGAGAAAAAAUUAUAAUGAAUAACUAAAUAUGCCACACCAAUUUUUUUUUUUUUUUUCAUUUUAUGAGAAAUUUGUAUUCUCUCUUCACAUAAAAGGUCCCUAAGUAAAGAAUAAUGGCGCCACCAAAGGCUGCUCUAUUUUGUGGCAGGCUCCCAUCUGAAGGCAUUGGCUUCCAAUGGGUCUACCUAAAAGGAUCAAGAAGUAUGGUUAGCAUCGAUAUUCCAUCACUCCCAGCAGUCUUGGAGGUCAUGGGUGCUGACCGUUCUUCUUUCACAAGGCCAUUAAAAAGAAAGAAAAAGUAUUAAAAAAGUGUAUUUUUUGAUAUUAUGAAUUUAUAAAAGGUGAAUGGAUAAAAAAAAAUGUGUGAGAAUUAUUACUUUUGACAUUUGUAUCAGAUAUGAAGAGGAAAUCUGUGGGCCCUUUGUAAUGUCAAUGGUAAUGUUUGUCUGGCAAGCAAAAGUUGCAAUGAAGCAGUGUCUUGGUGGGGAAGAAUUUAACUGACAUUAAAUGUGCUACUGUGUGAAUCACACAGUUGUUGGCAACAUUACUGUGUAAUUCAAUAAUUAUAAUAAUAAUAAAUGAUAAUAACACAUUGUUGAAAUGCUAAUUACAAAAUGUUUUUAAAAUGGAAAACAUUCUAUUUCUUUGGAAAAGG